GUAUUAAUCAUUAAGCAUUAAAAUAAUAAUUUAUUUAAAUGUAUCAGUAGUGCCAUCUAGCGGAAACUGUGAAAACUAUUUUCACUACAAACUUGGGCGUUCUGCCAUCGACGACGCCACUAGUACUUUUGUUUUUGUUUAUUUUUUUAAGCGAAUAACUUCACUACUAUGUGUUUCCUAUUUUCCAAUUUUUCUCUUUUUCUUUUAAUAUCUUUUAUUUUUCCAUUGCUUUUCUUAUGCCAUAUAGGCUUUUCGAUACUUGUAUUUGUAGCCGGCCUCAACCCAACCAUAAAAUGUUGGGGCGGACGGCCGGGAUUCGAACUUGGGCUCUCAGCGUGUGGUAGUGGUGGUAGUCGGCUACGUUACUCAUUGUUCCACUGUCCGCCCCAAACUCACUAGUAUUAUACUAAACCCCCUUCACUGAGCGGCUUAGUGAGCGAUAACUUUUCUCGAUGAAGCCUUUGUAAUUCAGAUGCAUGCUUGUUUACUAAUGUUUCAUGUUCUUUAGCAUAAAAUUGUAUUUUAUAUUUUAAUUUCAAUACGCAUUGAAAUCAUCGAUUUCUGUUUAAAAAACAUAUAAAUAUGCUUAGUAAGAAAGAGGAAAAACAGUAUGGUUUAAUUUUACCUAAAAAGCAACAACCUAUAACACCAAAAGCCAGCAAUAUAUUUGCAGAUGACGAUUCAGAUGAAGAAGAUGCUACCCAUGUCAUUAAAAAAGUUCUUAAGGCAGAGGAAGCAAAAAAUAAAAUUAAAAAACAAACCAGGUUAAAUAUGCAAAAGGCUUUAAAGGAGGACCCAACAAUAUACCAAUACGAUGAAGUGUAUGAUGACAUGGAGCGAACAAAAAGCCUGUUAAAAGAAGCUAAGGAUGAAAAGAAGAAACCAAAAUAUAUUCAAAAUCUCCUGGUGGCUGCUGAACGAAGAAAAAGAGAACAAGAACACAGAAUAGAAAGGAUGGUACAAAAAGAGCGGGAAGCUGAAGGAGCAAUGUAUGCAGACAAAGAAAGUUUUGUCACUUCUGCUUAUAGAGCAAAAUUAGAAGAAUUUAAACAACUGGAAGAAGAAGAAUCUAGAAUGGAUCGACUAGAAUCUAUUGCAGAUGUUAGGAAACAACAGGAUAUGUCAGGAUUCUAUAGACAUUUAUAUGAACAGACUGUCAAAAAUCCAGAAGAAUCAGAAAACACAGAUAAUACACAUGAAGGUAAAACCACCGAACUAGAAAGUGUGAAUAAAAAUACAAAUACAAUUGCAUCAAAUAUAGAGCAAAUUUCAACUAAAAAUACAAAAAAGAGUAGACAAUAUAGACAGAGAAUAAUGGAAGAAGACAGUGAUACAGAUAGUGAAAUUCCACAGAGGGUAGAAAGUAAAACAAAAGUUUCUAUACCUGAAAUACAUAAAAACGUUGAAAUGGAAGAUGUAGUAGAAUCUAAUAGUAAAAAAUCAAAGGAAGAAGUUGCAGGUUCUGAGCCUAGUGAAACACUAAACACAAUUGCAAUAGAAGAUACUUCAAAUAGGCAAAAUGUUCAAGAUGUCCCAGAAAAUUGUGAAAAUGAUAGUAAAGUAAAUGGACCUAAAAUUACUGCAAAAGCAAAGAUAGAGGCAGAAAAAAAAGAAAGAUCUAAAAUUUGGGAAAAAAGAACAGUUGGUCCUGUAUUUGAAGCAGCAUUACAACGAUAUUAUGCAAGAAAGUCUUUGAGAUUAUCCACUACAUAGUUGAUUUAAAAUAGGAUUUAAUUAAUUUUAUUAUUCCUUUAUAAUUGUAUUUAAAGUGUAGGGUAUACAUAUUUUUAUUACAAUAUUUGCACUGUAUAAAUUAAAAAAUAUGUAAAAGAUUUAGUAUUAAUAUAUUAAUGAAUUGUAUUAGUACAAUCCAUUCUGUACAAAUGUGUAUAAUCAAUGUAAGUGAACUGUUGUAAAGUAAUUGUAUAAAUUUGAAAUUACAAUAAAUAUAAUGUAAUGUUAGAUUGUUACUAUA